CUGGGGCAUCUGGCUAUGCAAAACCAGCAGGACCACUGCUUCAGGUCUCUCAGUGACAACAGCAGACAACAAUAUACAGAUCCGUGCAACACUAAAAUAAUGGAACGAGGAAGAGGAAGGACUCUGAAGAUUCUGUUCCUGUUGACACUCUGUCUGCAAGACUUCAAUGGUCAAUGCCAAGUUUUAGGGCAGCCCUCUGACCUGAGGAUAGUUCUGGUGGGGACGACUGGGGCAGGGAAGAGUGCAACAGGAAACACCAUCCUGGGGAGAGAGGUGUUUAAAGUGGAGGCUUCUCCAGUGUCUGUGACUGCACAGAGUGAGAAACAGAGUGGAGUGGUGGAUGGGAGGAAGAUUGAUGUCAUCGACACCCCGGGACUCUAUGACACAACAAUGUCUAAAGAAGAGAUGAAAAGUGAAAUAGUCAGGUGUAUAGAAAUGUCAGUCCCCGGACCUCACGCCUUCCUGCUGGUGAUCAGACUGGGGAGGUUUACAAAGGAGGAGAGGAACACUGUGAAGUGGAUCCAGGAGAACUUUGGAGAAGAAGCAUCAAUACACACCAUCAUUCUGUUCACUCAUGGAGAUCAACUGAAGGGAAAAUCAGUGGAGGAGUUUCUGGCUGAGAGCAAAGAGUUACGGAAACUCAUCAAUAUCUGUGGGGGCAGAUAUCACUCCCUAAUCAAUGACAAGAGAGAAGACAACACUCAGGUCCCAGAGCUGCUGAAGAAGAUAGAGGAGAUGGUGAAGAGGAACGGAGGACAACCCUACACCAACGAGAUGUACCAGGAGGUCCAGGGGAAGAUCGAAGAGGAGGAGGAUAGGAAGAGAGAGGAGGUGAGGAAGAAAAAAGAGGAAGAAAUGGAGAAACAAGAGGAGGAGAUCAGGAAGCGGGAAGAGGAGGUGAGGAGAGAGGAGGAAAUGAAAAGAGAGGAGGAGUUGAGGAAGAUAGAAGAGGAGAGACAGGAGGAGAGGAGGAAGACGGAAGAGGAGGCGAGAGCGAGAGAAUGGAGACAGGAGGAGGAAGAAAGAAGAAGAAGAGAAGAGAAAUUGAAUGACUGCAAGUGGUCAGCGUUUGCCAGUAUGGCUGCAUUGGGGUUGGGAGCGAUGUUCAGCUCUCCAUGGUCGUUAACAGCAGGGGCUGCAUUGGCCGCUGUUAAAGGUUAUCAGUGCAUGGACACCUAUUUCACCUCAGAAGACCAGGAGAAAUAAGAUUUCCACAUCCAUCAUCUCAGAUUGUUUUGAAAUUUAGAUGAAUUAUUGUGUUAUAUAAUAUAAAUAGAAUGUGAUCUCUGAGAA